AUGACUUCGACCCCAUCGAACCCGCGAACCUUCGCAGCGAACACCGGCCUGGGUUUGAAGCUGACGCCCUCCAACUCUCCCUUCGCCCGUACUCCACGCUCGCCCUUCAAACCCCGUGGCCCCUACGAAUCCGGCCUCUCUCUCAGACGGAUAAUUGGCACCACCGUCUCUUCCCCGACCGCCUUUGACACCCUCUCUUCUUCCCGGAUUUUUGCCUACACCGCUGGAGCUGCCGCGGUAGUGGUCAACGUCGAUGAUACCUCGAAAUACUCCCAGCGCUUUUUCAGAGCCCGCCCGACUGCUCUACCUCUGAAUAAUGCGGCCGCAACAUACUCUUCUCCUUCUACACCUGCGAACUCAGCGAAUGAUGGCCGGAAUAGGGCGAUGCUAACUCUGCGCGACUCGGCAGUCCCGUAUUCCCCUUCUACAGCACACAGCAGCAGCCUAGAAUGGGGCGAUUCGGCGGUCUCAAAAACCUGGACGAGCCGGGAGAGGAUAAAGGCUGCAACUUGUCUUUCAAUGAGCCAGGAUGGCAGAUUUCUGGCUGUUGGUGAGACUGGAUAUUCACCUCGUGUCCUCAUAUUCUCCUUAAAGGAUACCUCUUCCGAUAGGCCCCUGGUUAUUAUUAACGAGCACACAUACGGAGUUCGAGCGGUUGCUUUCAGUCCAGACCAGAAAUACUUGGCCAGUUUAGGGUCCCCAAAUGAUGGUUUUCUGUAUGUCUGGGCUAUUGACCAGAGGACGGGUGCGGCAAAAUUACACUCCAGCAACAAGUGCACGAGCUUUAUAAACCAAAUGGCGUGGCUAGGAAAUAGCAUCGUCACAAUCGGUACGAGACAUGUUAAGAUAUGGAGAGUGGAAGAUCGCAGGCCAGUAUCGCCAACAAAGCAGCGUUUUGCUCUUGAUGGUACACCCAUCCCUAUUCCGCCUCUCCCCGCCCUGAAAACACUGGUAGGACGAAAUGUUCUCCUCGGGCCGUUGGUGGAGACCACGUUCACGGCGUUGGCACUGAUAUCAGAACACCAGGCAAUCCUCUGCUCUGAAAAGGGUGAUGUUUGCCUUCUGGAUGAUACCGAAGGGUCAAAGCUGUUGAAGUUAGCAACGACGGGUUUCCGAAUCACAUGCAUCGCCAUAGAUACAGCGGCUCGAAGGGUGCGGAUAGGUGGGAAGAAUGGAAACGUCAAGUCCGUAGACCUCGACGAUUUGCUGAACCCUGUCACACCCCCGGAAUCGCCGAACCCUUCGAUCGCGAAGAGCUUUCUCCCGAGCGACACGGGGCAUCUCUGUGCAAUGGGCUAUGCGGCGAGGAGUCUGGUAACGGUGGAUUCGAAACACUCGAUUGAGAUAUCGUCCCCUGGCUCAGAUGACGCGGAUCCUCACAUGCAGAAUACACCCUAUCCAGCACACGGCGAUUCCGUUCUUGGUGUGCGGCUACUCUGCCCCGGAAACGAAAUGAAAGCAGAUUUUUUGACCUGGUCUUCAAAUGGUACAGUUGUGUUCUGGAAUUUGGACGGCAGCAGCAAAGGCUUUCUCACGGUUGAAGUAGAGCAACUCUCUGCGGCUGAGGAUGGACCCGCGAACCAGUGCCAGAUUGUCCGGGCUUCCAAAGAAUGCUCAUUCUUGGUCACUGGAGACAGAUACGGUGUAUUGCGAGUCAUCAACUCGACCACCCAGAAAUGCGCCUUCGAAACGAGAGCUCACAUGUCGAAUAUUCAAGACAUCGCAAUCUACGAAAGUGAAUCUUACACUUUAGUCGCCACAUGUAGCCGAGACCGAACAGUCCAACUCUUCCGUCUCUUUGCGGGACAGUGGGCUCUGAUGCAGACUUUAGAGGACCAUUCGGCCAGCGUGUGCGGCUUAUUCUUUGCGGAGAACGGCGAGAAGCUGGUUUCUUGCUCUUCGGAUAGGACGAUACACAUCAGACAAAUCGUCAAGAAAGAUGUGGGUGGGCAAGAAGUGAUGGGUGCGGUCCCUGUCCGGAUCAUCACAUUGAAGGCUACUCCUGUGUCAAUGUCGGCUUGCUUCGCAAAUCACAUGGGCAACUUUGUUGUUUCCUUACUUGAUCGCACUGUUGCAACUUACGAGAUAUCUAGUGGUCGGCUCAUCAGCUCUUUCAAGGUUACUGAUAAUGAGGGACAAGAUGCUGUGGUAUUGGACUCUUUAGUAAUGGGCGUGCCUAACUUCACGCCAGGGCGGCCGACGAUACUUGCAGGUGUUUCAAGCACUGACAAGUCGGUUAGAAUAUACGAUGGAACCACGGGCUCCUUUCUGGACAGGGAAUGGGGUCACACGGCCAGUGUAACUGACGUGGCUCUCCUGGAAGCCCCUGAAUCAGAUCAAAAGACAUUGAUCAGCACUGGAGCUGAUGGCACAAUAAUGAUAUGGAAUCUUUCCCCCAGAGGACCUGACUUGCAGGAGCCUAUCGAUCUUACAUCGAGUGGUGAUCCAUCGCCUACGAAAGAAACACUAUCUAACCGGCCACCGCUUAGGAGAGUGCUUUCCAGAGCUGAAAUGGCCGAGUUUCAACGCGCGUCCCCGCUUUCGACGCCUACUGGCAGUCGAUCACCCCCAAGAACGAUACGAAGAAAAACCUCAAAAUACGGCCUUGCGACACAGUCUCCGACCAUUUCCAUCUCGACCAUGCCGACCGUACAUCCCAAACAUGUCAUGUCAGCAUCUGAUGAUACGACUGCCCGUCGUACGUACCGAAACAGAUCACGGAGCCCAUCAAGCCCCAAGCCUAAGGACGCGAGCCGCCCUUCACUUGAAUGUCGGGGACGGACAAAGAGCGCAAGCAACUUCAGCGAAUUUGGCACGCUGAACAUGGCAACAGAGCAAGCUUGCCGCACACUGCGAGCAUAUAGAAAGAAAUUGCUGUCGUCCGAGACAGUGAAGGAGGAUCUAUUGAAGGAGUUAGACCAGGAGUUACGCCUCACGGCGAUGGCGUUGGGGGAGAAGAGUUUAAAAUCGAAAGCCAUCAGCGAGACUGUAUUGACAGGUUUACUGGACCAGUACUCGGAACGACUGGUAUCUCUGUUUGAUGAGAAACUUAGAAUAUCGCGGCACAACUCGAAUGAGUUGCCGAUACCAGAACUAGAAGAGAGGCCGAAGUCGUUGGAGAUAUCGCCGCUCGCGUCGCCGGCGCUAUGA